AUGUCCAUAAACGGUUUCAGUGUACUCAAAAAACUAGGAGAAGGCAGUUUCUCAUCAGUUUUUAAAGUUAAAAGACUAUAAGAUAAUGAAGAUUAUGCCAUGAAAGAUAUAAAAAUGGGUAAACUAACAUAAAAAGAGAAGGAAAAUACACUAAACGAGAUAAGAUUUUUGGCCUCAAUAAAUAGUCCAAACGUAGUAUAAUUUAAGGAAGCUUUUUUUGAAGAAAAAAAUGGAGUUUUACACAUAAUAAUGGAGUUUUGUGGAGGUGGAGAUUUAUUGAAUAAAAUAAAUGAGAAGAAAAUUUAAAAGAGCUUUUUUGAGGAGAAGAUAAUAUGGAAAUUUAUAAAUUAAUUGCUUUUAGGUUUAAAAUAUUUACAUGAUCUUAAUAUUAUACAUAGAGAUUUAAAAUGCGCGAAUGUUUUUUUAAGUGCUGAUGAAGAAACUUUAAAAUUAGGAGAUUUAAAUGUAUCUAAAUAAACUAAAAAUGCUAAUGGAAUGCUUUAUACAUAAACAGGAACUCCCUAUUACUGCUCGCCUGAAGUCUGGAAGGAUAAGCCUUAUGAUUAUAAAAGCGAUAUUUGGUCUUUAGGAUGUGUUGUUUAUGAAAUGACAAUGUUAGAGCCGCCUUUUAAAGCUAGAAAUAUGGAAGAAUUAUAUAAAAAAGUGAUGACUGGUAAAUAUAGGCCCAUACAUGAAUAUUAUAGUUAAGAUCUAAAUAUUUUUAUUAGUAAAUGUUUAUAAGUAAAUCCUAAAAAUAGACUUGGUACAGAAGAAUUGUUAAAAUAAUUCAAAUAAAUAGAAAAUAGGGAAGUAUAAGAAAAAAAUGAAUUAAUUAUUUUUUAGAAAAAUAAACAAAUAGAUAAAAUAUGA